AAUCCAGUUUCUCCAAUGGCCUUUUUCUGCUGGAAUUUGCUUAACAACCACAUGAUUUGCUUAACAACCAUGGUGAUUCACUUAAUGACCAUCAUUAAAAAGGUAGCAAAUCAUGAUCAUGUGACCAUGGGGGUCGUAAAGCGCUUUUCCAAAGGUCAUUAUAACUCCAGACCAUCAUUAAAUGAACAGUCAUUAAGCGAGGACUUCUUGUAGCUAGGUAGAGAAAGGAGGAAACAAGAAAUUAGCAAAGACGUAUUUGUAAGCAAGAAGAAACAAACUGCUAUAUGUGUAUUCCUAUACUAAUAAUAGUGUUGGAAAAACAAGUGGUUUUCCUGUUUCUCAUCUAUUCUGCUGCUGUACCUAACAUAACAAAAUCUUACUAGGAGGAGUAAGCUAAACAAUUGAUUGUCUUCUCUUUCUCUCUUCUCCCAUGUGCUGAGUUCAAUCCAAUAGCUAUUGUUCAGUAACUCUUUUUCAUUUAAAUAGCCCUCUUGAGUUUGGGUUGGUGCCUCUUUCCCCCAACAGUUACUGUGAGUUUAGGCAUUUAAAGAAUGAUAUCAAAAGUGGGGAUGAGUUGAUCUGAGCAAACAGGCAGUUAAGGAAUGUUUAGAGCUUGGAAUAGCAGACAGGGUUUGUACAAUAAACUAAAUAAUGGUUUCUUUCAUUAAAUGUUACUGAAUAGAUCAAACAUGGGUUGCUAUGUACCUGCAGGAUUCCUACAGUAAUUAGUAUGAGCCCAACUAGUUAGAUCUACCAGGGAGAAAGUGCUACAAGUCCCACACUUUUGGGCGGUUCGGGGGGGGCGAGGCAAGGAGGAUCUCUUUUUCCAUGGCAGCGCCAAUAGCAUGGAGGAGCCUCCCUUUGAAAAUCAGGCUGUCUCCUUCUCUGCUAGUAUUUUGUAAAAACUUAAAGACCAAGCCGUUUUGGGGAGCGGUCCCCUAAUCUGAUGUUGCUGUCUUCAUUUUUCUCUAAAGUAGGACCUCUGUGGAAUCAGUCCAACUUGUGCCCUCAGUCCCCGCCACCCCAGGAAGUGGUGGAAAAGCGUGAAUCCGCCUGGAAGCGUGGGUCUUCCGAGAUGGCACUUCCCCCCGCCUCCCCGGGUGAGGAGGGUCAGAGGCUGAGCCACCUGCGCAGCAUAGGCUCCCGAGCUGCGGUCCCUGGCAGCGAUGUUAUCCACUUUUUCAAGGCCGUCACCCUGUUUGGCAGAAACAGCAGGGUUGUUGACUGCUAUCUCAGCUCUUCUGCCGCCGCCACCCCAGACCUCAAGUACAUCUCUCGUAUCCACGCCCGGGUGAUUCGGACCCCCAGCGCUUACGUCCUCGUGGACUCCAGCCUCACAGGCGUGUACGUCAACGACGUCCGCAUCAACGGUAGAGUAGUUUUGCAAGAAGGAGAUACUGUUACUUUUGGCCAUCCUACUGGGAAGAACCUGCUCCUGGGAAGCCACACCCGGCAGCCGAACUCUCCGUUUCAUUUUCUGUUUGAGCACUGCCGUUGUCGUAUUGAUCGGAUGCAAAGUGUUUAUGGAGACAGAAGAAGCUUCCCCCAAGAGUUAAAACACCCCGCAUUGGUUUCUGCUGGAGUUUCACAUCCGGACAACCUAAACUUGGCAUUUACGCACAACGUUUCUCAUCCUCAGAUGGCAUUACCUGUGGUCCUGCCAAACCAUUCCCCCCUGGCAAACUCUGUCACACAGUGUGACCACCACACUACUUUGGCUCCACCGCUGACCUCUGCUCUUCCAGCAUCCUCCCUGAUUACGUCUCCACUCCCCACGCCUUCUCAGAGCACGACCUCAGGAGCGCCAGAAGCAUCCAGCCAGGCCAGGCUUUUUGCAUCGUCUUUUUCUCCACUAAGUGCUUCUUGCAGACCAGCCUCCCGAGUUCUCCGUUCCACUUCACCUGAAUACACAGUUCCUGGCGAGGACUCAUUUCCUUCCGUCAAAUCUUCUCCUCUUCAGGAAAGUUCAGAAUCCAGCGAUUCCGUUUCUGUCAGUGGCAGCAGUGAGAGUGCCGUGGAGUCCGUCAUGCCUAAUUCGCACCAGUUGUUUCAACACGAGUGUGCCAGCAGUGAACCUGAGAGAGCCUGCAUGCAUCCUCUCUUUCCUGGCCCUACCUGUUUGGAAGCUUCUCUAACAGCUGAUCAUGGUGGCUCCCAGAGUGAAAAACCAACAAAGGCAUCUGGACCCUGGAAGGAAACACUGCAGCUCACACCCGUCUUUCAGACAGAAACCAGAGGCACUCGUGGUCGUAUAUUGUCUGUUUUUAGCACAGAGACUCCAGCUCUUAGUGAAACUGACCAAGAUGAAGAAACGGCUGAGAUGAAUCUUUGCCAAAGUACUGAAGAAACUGUUGGUCACUGGGCAUCUUGUGCUUCAGAACCAGACAUCACAGUGCAGGAAAUGGAAGGGAUUAAAUUGGCUGGGAGCAGCACUCAAGCAGCAAGUGGUUCCAUGGAUGGGUGCAAAACAAACUUCAUGGAGGAACCCUUACCUAAAGCUUCCAUAGAAGACGCAGAUGGAGUGGAAAGCAGAGCAGUCAGUCUCUCUGUAAAAACUCAGACGUUGCUCCCUACUGAAUUGGGACACACUGAACAUGACUCAGCAGACGGAACUGCUAAGGUCUUUUUUACUUCUGGUGAAGAACCAAUGAAUGAUUCUUCCACCAAAAUCUUGAGUCAAGACAAAUUAGAUUCUGAGAGAAGAAGUGCAAUUUUACCUUCAAGAAAUUCAUCUUGUGGGACCCAGAGUGGUGGUGUGGACUCUGCAGUAGAUUCUCAACAAAAUGUUUCAGCUAGUGAAGAUGUGGAAAUGGAAUCUCCAGUAGAUGCUGGCUUAGACUCUGAUGGUAGAGACCUUGACCCAGAGAUGGGCUCUGUGACUCCAGUGGUUGCUGAAGGCAUUUGCGAUAGUGUGGUAGAAAUGUGUGCAGAAGUGGGAAUGUGGAGUGAUGGAAUAAAGCCUGAUGAGAUGAAAGUAGCAGUAACAGAAUCUUUAAAGGAUGUGAACCCAAACAAAAUGUCAAGUGAUGAUGGCAUUGACUCAAAGGCACAUGUGGCCAAGGAGAUGCUUCUUCAGAAAUUACCCAAGACCCUGGUCAUUGAUGAACAAUUCAAGGGCAAAUUCUUCAAAGAAGAAAAGGAAGGUUUGAUUGAAGCUUCUGAAACAAUACAAGAAACCCCCCAUUCCAAAAAUCUAUCAGAAGCUUAUGAAGAUGGAAGGGAUCUUGGAACAGAUUUGCUGCAAGCAAGUCCUGUUUUGAGGAAAAAAGUGAUUCCCGUAGAUCCUUCAGAAACUUUCAUUCCUGAACCACCAAGGAAUUUAGGUGAACUGAUUUUUGAGAAGUGCCUGUUCCAAAGCAGCAAGAGUCUCUCUGAAAAUCAAGUGGGAGAAGGGGCUGUGAUGGAGGAAAAAUCAGAACACAAAAAUCCCAGAGGCGCUGAACCCAACAAGAACUCAAACAAUGAGACUGCUGAUUCCAGGCUACAGACUGUAGAAGAGUUGAGGCAAAACAGUGUUUCUUCCCUGGGAAUUGCUUGUGUUUCAGUGGUUGGAGUGUCAGGAGGAGAGCCGCCCAGGUGCAAAAGUGGAAGUGAGAGGCGUCAGAGUGAUUCGGAGUAUAAGGUUCUACCAGGGGAAGAAGAAUCAGAGGUGGAAAGAAGAAUAAUCAGCACCGCAGCAGCAACCAGCAAAGAUGCAGCCAACCAGCACCAAGAGGCUGAAGAUGGCCUGGAAGAAGAGUCAAGACCCCUUACAGUGCAGGAGAGCAUGAACUGCUCUGGUGCUGAUGCCUCCCUCACAAGAAGCCUUAAUGCAGGUCCUGCUGAACAGUCCUCUUUGGGCUUGGCAGAUAGCAAGGGAGAUUCAUCUAGAGAUGGCCUUGAAGAAGGAAGAAUGUCUCACUUGGGUGGCUGUUCAUUUGUGGGCACACAAUUACCUUCCCAGAAAAGCCAAAAUGAAGCAGGAGAGGGAUCAGUGUCUAAUAAUAACCACCUUCUGAGUUCUCAGUGUGUCACAGAGGAUGAACGGUUUACAAGUCUGAAUGAGGAAGAUGCAGUGAAGACUAAAGUGGAGGAGGAGGAGGAGGAGGAGGAGGAGGGUGCAAGGGCAAGUCUUGUAGCAAACAUUCCUUUGGCUGAAACAAAGAGGGAUUUUGAUCAAAGUCCUAUGCAGAUGGGAUCAUUGAAUGAUUACUGGAAGCCUUGUGGUACAUUUUCUGAGGGUUCCUCCUAUGCGAUAAACCAGCAAAAAUGUCUUAUACGUGUUGACCAACAAGAACUGGAAUCUGAUAGAGUUGAGCCUGAGAGCCUGGAAAAUUAUUUAGAGGUGAAAUCCCAAGGAACUGAUUUCAGGAAAAACGUUCUUGAAGACUCUCUUACACAAGACAGUGCUUCUGAGGAAGCCUGUGAACCAGAAGCUGCUGUUGAACAGAUCAGUCUGCCUGUACCAGAAGAAUGUGGGCAAGGUGUUAUUUUUCCUGUGGAGAGUGGUUGGUCUAGACAAACUGCUGAGAAUUCCCACUGCAAUAAGGAAAGAAGUAAUACUUGGCUAUCCCUCCCAAGGCUUGUCAUUCUGCAGCCUGGGAACGUUGCUGUGAACCUCCCAAGGGAAACACAGGAUGACUCUGUUGAGUUGCCUGGUGGUGAUGAAUUCCAUUUUCGCAUUUCUACUUCUGAAGCUGAAAAAGAAGAGAAGGGCCAAUGCAGUCCCUUCAAGGCAGAUGGUCUUCAUAGAAGGGAAACUUUAUUGUUCAGUCCACUUGAACAUACAGUUAAUGUGUCUGAGAGCAGCGAAGCAUUUAGGAAACUAACUGAGGAAUCAACCAUCCAAAGGCCAAGUGAUCUAGCCAUUCAAGAAGCCAGUGUUGGGCCAUUGAAGGAUACAGAGAUGUUGAAUGUGAACAUGGAAGGACAAAACUCCCAUCAUGACCAAGACAAUACUGUAAGAGCUAUGCUUCUAGCAGCAAUGGCAGAUGUUGAAACACCCUCCCUUUCAGCAAAGAGUAGGCAAACAGCAUCAGAAGCACUGGAGGAUCAAGGUAGUGAGGAAAUGGAACUUGAUCCUGUAAAGGUGGCUGGUCAGCUUGCAAACUCUCCUUAUGAAUCAGCAGAGGGUACCAGAGUUGUCAAAGUCCUAUAUAAUGCUGAUGGCUUCAUAGAAAACACUGGUCAGGAUUUUGUCCAAGACAAUUGGCCCGUGAGAAGCAGACUUCCUAGGCAGCCAGGCACAGCAGCUGUGGCUUCACCUCUUGGAGAAGCAGUUAAAGAGUGUCCAGGAAGUGAGAUGUCCAGCAGUCUCUAUUCAGGAAAAGAUGAAUGCCCUGAGAAUACAGAAGUGGAAGUGCUAGCAGACUUGCAUCAAGAUAUCCAAAUACUGCCAUGCCAAGAAAACAGUUGCCAACUGGGAAGUGGUCCAGAUCCCUCUGUAGAAUAUAAUGGGGGGUUAGGACGCUUGGAGCCCUGCAAGAUCCUUUUGCAGGAGGAAGAGGAAUUGAACAGCUCUUCCUCUAGAAAAAGACAUCUCAACAAAAACGAGAUAUUAGAUUUGGAAGAUUAUUCCUGCUGUCAAAAGAAGCUCUGCCUGGUGAAUUUUGUUUCAGUUCAGGGGUCUGCAUGUGAUCAAGCUGCAUCUCCUGUGGCACUUCCUCCUCCUUCUCCUGAUUUGAAGAAUAUUGUUGACCAAUUUGGCAAAAUGAUAGAGAAGUUCCUUGAUCAGUACAGAAACCAUAUCCCUCUGUGCUCUGACAAUACAAAAAGAAAUGGAGAUAAUAUUGCUCAAAUAGUGAGAAAUUACUUUAAAAGCAACAUUUACUCCAGUGAACCAGUGACUGAAAAUAAAAAAACAGAAAUGCUUGCACUGUCUUCAGAAACUGCCAGUGUCAUCAAAGACAUAGACUGCCAGUCUGAGGGAGGUAUAGUAGAAGCUGGAGAAAGCAUGGGCUGUGAUGGGCCCAGUUCACCCAGAGUUCAGGGAAAGGAUGUCCAGAUCCCUGAUGACGAGUAUUUGUCCCCUGGAGGUCAGUCAGCUUGGUCAGGCUCUCUCACCCAAGAACAAGGCAAAUACUCAGCAGACCGCCUGCAGGAACCCUGUUUCUCUGAGGAAGAAUCCUUCCCAUUGGGAGUAGGUUCAAGCACCGGCUUUCCUGCUGAGUCUCAAAAUGCAGUAUAUACAGAAGAGAACGUGGACACCUCUUCUUCUCUGGACAUCACCACUAGUUCUGAAGGCCGUGAACCUUCUCCCAGUCCACACAGGAGGAAUUCUGACAGAUUCCAGAAAGGGGCUUCUGAAACAGCUGGCAUGGUCUCUGAAGCCAGCGCAGAGUGGGAUUGUUUCUCUGAUGCAGACUGGUGCAGCCAAGCCUCAAGGACGCCUCCAGACACAGCCACAUCAUGUGAGGAAAACAGCCAGGCUCCCCCAAGGGACACAGGGCCUGACUCUGUCUGUCCCCUGGCCCUCACUCAGUCUGAGCAGGGUGCUCCAGGCCUUUGGCUAAAGGGUGGUCAACUUGAUGGAGGAGACAAAGUUGAUGAAGCUUCCAGCAGAAAGGAUCCAGGGGAGGCCUGCGCCACUAAUGAAGAGUCACCUGAUGGUAAUCAGAGUAGGGUGCAGAUGGAAGAAGGUGUUUUCCUGCAAAGCAGCCCCGUAGGCUCUCCUCACCAAGAUAAUAUGGAAAGUGCACCUGCCGUGGGUGAGCUAUUCCCCCGCUCUCCAUGGAAAUUCAACAGCAAAGCACUUCUGCAGUCAAGUGUGGGUCAUUCUGAUCCACCACUGAAAACAGAGCUGCCUUGUGAGGAACACGAUUGCCAAGAUGGUGGCAGAAAUGGGUCUCCCUCUCCUUCAGGAACAACUUCUGUUGCCUCUGCUGUGGCUUCUGCGCAAGGGGAUGACAGUCCUAAGGGCCCUUCCACCUCUCGCCACAGUCCAGCUCCUGCGAAGGGGUCCAGUUUGCUCCCGGCGAAGGAGGGAUCUGCACGGGCAAAUGAGCACCUUCAGAACAAGGGGGCUGGAUCCUCUCUCUCUCCUCUCUCCUCCUCCCAGGCUGGCAGUCCUGCUGGAAGGGCUGUCGAUGCUGGCAAGAGGGGCUCUGUUCUUGAGAAGGACUUGUGCAGGCCUGGCAGUGGAGCAGGACAUGUUGGCUCCCACCAGGCCUCCCAGGAAGCUCCAUGGAUCCCAGGGACAUCUGACUGUUUCCCAGCCCCUGUUGUCUGCAGUGAUCAAGGACCUUGCAGCCCCUUGCCAUUGCAGAGUAAUGGGUCUAACCUGGCACAGGGUCACUCGGGAGACACAUUGCUUCAUUCUCAGGUUUUCCAGGAAGAAAAGGACCUGGGUGAGUUGGAAGACCAGCUUUGUCCUCACAUAUUGCGUCCCACAUCUUGUUCUCCAGUUCCCUCGGUCUCCCAUCAUUCCCUUGUUCCCAAGGCCUCAGCAGACAAACUGCCAGAAAGACCUACAUAUCCUGCAGUUUUUGGAUGCAGAGACCCUUGGCUUCCCUAUCCGUUAGAGGAGGCUGGACUGGCUGAACCUUCAGACUCAGAGUGUCUGCGUGUGGCAGAUGCCGUGUUGUGUCCUGCCGCACCAAAGGUUGAGGAAGGCAACUUCACCUCGAGAGACCAUCCUGCUCCGAGAGAGUCCCAGAGCAGCUGCUUCCGUGAAAGAGCAGAGAGCCGCAGCCCGCUGGAGUGGGCGUCAUCCGAGCAAGACAUUGUGUUUCAGUUGCAGGAGUGCCAGUUGGUGCUGGGAGAAAUCGCGCAGUCCUUGAGUUCAAGAGAAGGCAUCGACAACGCGCAUGUGGAGAAGUGGAGGGGCCAGAUUGCAGUUCUCCAGAAGGCGACAGAAAUGCCGCGAACGCACAUAGCCGUGGUGGGGAACACAGGGGCAGGCAAGAGCUGCUUGCUCAACGCUCUGCUGGACGAGGAGGCCAUGCUGCCUACUUCGGCCAUGAGAGCCUGCACAGCCGUGGUCGUCGAGAUCUCCAGGGCUGCCGAGGGCAGUCCGUAUGAAGCAGAUGUGGAAUUCCUCUCCCAGGAGGAAUGGGACAAGGAGCUAACAGCACUCCUGGAAGACAUGAAGGACAAAGCUGGCGUUUUGAAAAAACGGUGUCCGGAUCGCAAGACGGAAGCUGGGGCUGCCUACAGCCGGGUGAAGGCUGUCUACGGGAGAGUGGAGGAGCUUGAGAAGCUGAAGGGCAGGCAGGAAGUGACCCAGCACCUUGGGACCGUGAAGCGCGUCUGUGCUGACACGGCAGCAGACUUCCGUAUGAGUAUUGAGAAAUUUAUCGAUUCUCGUACUGACAAUUUGCGCGAGAUGAAAGGCGGGGAGUUUUGGCCGAUUGUGAAAUGCGUGAGGAUCCGCGUUGCAAAGGCUGAGAUUCUGAGGACCGGAGCGGUGCUGGUGGACCUGCCUGGAAUCCGAGACUCCAACGCAGCCCGGGACGCGACCGCCCGAGGGUACCUCAAGGACUGCAAUGCCGUGUGGGUCACCGCCAGCAUCACGCGCGCCGUGGAUGACAAAACAGCCAAAGAGCUGCUGAGCGCCAGCUUUCGCCGACAGCUGUUUAUGGACGGCCUGUACGGGAGCCUGGCUUUCAUCUGUACCAAGACCGACAGCUUUAACAUAACGGACAUCGUCAGAGACCUUGACUUACAAGAUCAGAUUUGUCCGCUAGAAGAUGAAUUGAGAGACCUGGAAAAUCAGAAAAUGCAAGCAGAAAUAGAGAAGAAACACCUUUAUUCACAACUGCAGCAAGAGCUACAGAUAACGCUUCCUGAGCAGUCGCCGAGGGAGGGAAGCGAGGCCGCAAAUUCAGCCUGGCUCCAGAGACAUGACAUCUUGGAGAAGGAAUUCAGGAUUUGUGCCUUGCAGAGAGAGAAAGAAGCAAAGCUUCGAGCCAUCAGUCUGAUCUGCGUUCAGGCCCGGAAUGAAUUUUCCAAGCAGAGGAUUUUGAUGGAUUUCAGCGCUGGUCUGGAGGAAGUGUCCAGGAGGGCCUCCUAUCCUGAAAGCGAAGAAGAUGGCGAAGAAGAGAUGGAGGGCGGAGACUCUGCGGGCGCCCAGCCCGGGGAGCUGCACGUUUUCACAGUCAGCUCUGCAGAGUAUCUCAAGCUUGGUGGGAAGUUGCUCUGCAACGGUCAGCCUCAAGUCUUCCAUGACGUCAAGGACACAGAAAUUCCUGCUUUGAAGAAAUUUGCUAUUGACACAGCGCUGAAGCACAGCAUGGUGGCCACAGAGAAGGUCAUCCGGGAUGUGGCUUGUGUUCUAAGUCAAAUGGUGAAUUAUCUCACCAGCCAGAGAGCCGAGGACGAUGCCCACCAGGCCCAGGUCCAGGAGAUCCUGCAGCAGGCCUUGCAGGGCCUUCCUGCUCUCCUCCGAGAGGCCCUCAGGGGCAGCCUCCAAGACAUGCGGCACUACUUUGAGGCCCUCAUCCUUGCCAGCCUGCAGAAUGGUGCCGAGAAGGCCAAGCAGCUGUCGGAAACCAUUGUCAAAAGCUGGGGCUUGCCGGUGUUUGGCUACCCACAUUCUACCUAUCGUGCAAUAUGCAAUCACCAUGGCGUUUACACCUCUCCCAGAUACCAGUGUGUGGAUUUCAACAGACAACUUGCCGAGCCAAUCCACAGGGUCAUCUCUGUAGCCUGGAACGAGGUCUUUAGCUCAAGGUUGGCAAACUCCAUUGAGUGCUUCACUAAAGCCCUCCUGGAUAAGCUGAAGUCCUUCUUCAAAGAUCUCGAGCGUAAACUGCGCCAGCACAGUCAGGUUGCUGAAGCUGUACGUGCCAUUUAUGGUCAGCAGAUGGAAGCGGCUCGAGCGAGGUUGUUUAACUUUACCCUGGACCAGACGGGUUGCAUUACGAAAAAGCAGCGGAUGAUCUCCCGCCUCUUGACGCCAGAGAUUCAGGCUAGCAUGGAACCAGCAUAUGCAGUGUGCUCCCAACUUUCUGGCCCGGGAUAUUUCCAGAGAAUGAAGGCAGUGAUGGAGGAGUUCAUUCACAAGCAGAAGGACACCAUCUUUGAUUCAGUCAUAGAGAAGCUGUGGCAGCAACUUGACCUGCUCCAGCGAUCCAUCCAGUCCAGCUUUCAGGACCUGGCCGAGGAGCUGACGACGUCCAUAAGGAUGCAGUUUGAGCCAAUGCUGCGGCCAGUCCAGAAGAACCGGGAAAUACUUCCAGAGCUGCUGCACAUCUGUGCUAAGAUGGACAAGGUUUGCAAGCGCUCGGGUGUGGAUUACGUCCUUCCUAGCUCCGUGCAGCCAGAGGCCAGGCCGCCCAGGACAGAGGCAAAAUUGCUGAGAAACGGGGAUUGCGUGAGCUUUUCGGCCACGUCCCUGGACGUCCGAGUUGGAGCCGUCUCUCUUCCCCACAUCGCGGGCAUUGAGGUAUCCAAGGAGGACAUCACAUUGAGUCUGGCAGGUCAGUAUCCUAAACCUGUUGGGAGAGGAGUUGGUACGCCUGCAGUCGUUCGUGUGCAAGAGAUAAAGAGCUGGAUUCAGAUGCACGAAGCACGUGAGCCCCCUUCCCCAGCUUGGUUCCGUACAGCUGGUUGGACCUCCGGUCUCCGCUGGAGAUCAUUGGGUGGGGGAUGCUGCCUUCCAGCCCCUGGAGGAUCGCGUAACCCGGCGGCCCUGGUCAUCCGGGAAGCAGUCCGGGAGCAGAGGCAGCUUCCCCAGCUCGUGGGCUGCCUGUCGGCGGGGUGUGGCGCUGCCUCCUGGGUGCAGACCCUCAGCCUGCAGCAAGGAAGGGAGAAGCUGAUAUCGCUGGGAGCCCACCGCCCAGGCCAGCAGACCGAGGAUAGUGCUGAGCGAACCCCGGCAGCCCCCCAAGAGGCCUCUGCUCCUGAACCUGUCCCGGGAGUUGCCACUGCCGGGCAGCAGCGCCGUGCCCCCCUGCUUCACUGGCCCCCGCAUGGCAGAAAGAGAGUGGGAGAGGCGGUCCAGCUGCAGCUGGAGAAAAAGGCCAAGGCUCACCCCGUGGGGCCCGUCGGGUGCCCUUGGCUGCAAUGCAGGGAGAAUGCUGAAAUCAAGCCCCCGCCCUGCCCCACAGCCCUCCUGGGGAGCUGCAGCCCAAAGGGGGCCUCGCUUCCAGAUGGCCCUCCGCGUCCAAUGGCCGUGAAACUCGACGGCGAGCCGCUGGCAGUGCCCAGUUCUGCAGGUUUUCUUUGUGUCGGAGCCAACAAGGAAACACGUGGGAAGCCUCCAAACGUAAAUCUGGAGGAAGAGGAGGGGAGCCUCCAGGCCGAAAGGAUUCAGAUUCACCGUCCACUUUGAGCUGUAGCACGUACACGGGCACGGUCCACGCCUGGGGAAGGAUCCAGGGCGGUGUUCUGGCAGCCUAAACCCCCUUCCUUUCAGAACUGGCCGUGCAGAAGCUGCGCGGCCUCUUUUUCUCCCCUUCUGGGCUUUCUGCUGAGCUGUCCUUGAUGUGGCUCCCCGACCUGCUGAGAACACCUGAUGCUUCUCCUGAGCAAAGGAGGCAGAGGAUCGACAUCAGUGGGAGUGUGACCGCUGGAGAGCUAGAAACGGAUGGCAUCGUGUGUGGCUUGCUGAUGGUUAUGUAAUGAAUUUAAGCCUUCUAUAUAUAUAAUCAUAUAGCCAUAGAACAGCCAUGUUUAUCCUAUUCACGAACUUUACUAGGAAACUCACGUUGCUGGCAUGAAGGAAUGUUGGAAUGUACGCUGGAUACCUUGUACGAAUGAGUUCUCAACCAUGAUAAGGCUGGAAUGCUGGUGGGUGUAAGGAAUAAAGUGACACAUCAUAAAUUUAUAAGAUAAC